UCACAAAGCCAGCCCACCCGUUUACCGACUAAUUGCUGACAAUCCUAACUUGUUUAGUAUAUAACACUUAAAUCUCCGUUUUCCCUCCUGGAACAGCCAGGAUGAAGGGUUCCAGUAUGGCUACCACCAAGCCAAUGCGAAAGGGCUGGCGCCGAUCAAUGCAGCCAAUGGGAGGCGUCGUAGGGACGGUCUUUUGGGGGUGACUAAAUAACACAUAAUGCCUGCGCGUUUACGGGUUUUGGUGUAGUAAAUCGCGAACAAUUUGCCCGUCAAGCUUCUAGGAAACGCGACGUCGUUUAUUACAUAGUUUAAGUAAUCAAGCGAAAUAAAAUGCCAGAAAACCAGAGAAAAUCGUCUCCCGGACACUCCACGUCAUUUUUAAUCGAGGACAUAUUAUUCAGAUCAAAAAACAACAGACCGAAUUCGGAGUUCCAGGUUACUAGUCACGAAAGAAGUCGAAAUCAUCAAUUGCCACAAAGUCAAGAAUGCUUUCCAAUGUUACCAUCAACGGUGGCAUCCGCGUAUUUAUCAUAUCCAGCACACUACAUGCACAAAAAUGCUAUUGCAGAACCAUUUUUCAUUUCACCCCAAGGAGUACCUUUUGGAAGUAUUUGGGGUGCCCGAUCAGAUUACGGUCACGGACAACUAAGUUCUAGGCUAUGUCGCAGACGAAAAGCUCGGACUGUAUUUUCCGAUCAACAACUCACGGGACUAGAGAAAAGAUUUGAAGUACAACGAUAUUUGAGCACGCCAGAGAGGGUUGAACUAGCUACCGAACUGAGAUUGUCUGAAACACAGGUCAAAACAUGGUUUCAAAAUCGAAGGAUGAAACACAAAAAACAAUUGCGAAAAGUUAAUGACGAUACAGCGGUUAUUGGAUCAGAGAAACCUGCGGACAACGCUGCGAACAAAUCGCUAACCACAGAUUAUCCUGUGGACUUUUCAUCUAAAGGAUCAGUGUGCGGUGGAUUAGGUGAUACCGGCAUCCAGGAAUCCAAGGAUUUAGCUCGACAAAGUAGGUCGCUUAACAACGACGAUGAGAGGAGUCAACGGUACGACCUAAGUGAAGUCUCUGAAGUGGACGACGAUGAUGACGUCGAUGGUGCCGAUGAUGAGAUUAUAGAUAUCGUCGGUGACCACUCGCAUAUGCUAAAUAGCGUACAGCGAAAUUACGAACAACAAAGAUUUUUCUAAUUAAAAGCCAAAAACCUUUUAUUAUCUAUUAUUAUUAUUAUUAUUAUUAUUAUUAUUAUUAAACUGUGCAAAAACAGUUAGAAACCAAUCGUAUCCAUACUUCAUAUAAUAUUUUAAAUUUUCAAACAUUUGCCUAAUUACUAAUUAGGUAGCUACU